AUGCUUGCUGUAAAUGAUUCUGCAUCUUCGGUUUGUGAUCAUUUAUUUGAUCAGCCUUCUUAUCCAAAAACAAUGUCAUGGAAUGAGACUACUACUGACUGUUGUUCAUGGGAUGGGAUCAAAUGCGAUAGGAUGACCGGUCAAGUGAUCGAGAUUGAUCUUAGUUGUAGCCAGCUCUAUGGCACCAUCCCAAUGAACAACAGUCUUUUUAGUCUCAGACACCUCCAGCGGCUCAAUCUCGCCUUCAACGACAUCACUCAAUCAAGGAUUUCUUCUAGUUUUGGGCAGUUUUCAAGUUUGACACAUCUCAACCUCUCAUCCAGUUUCUCUGGAUCAAUCCCAUCAGAAAUCUCCCACCUAUCUAAAUUGGUUUCUCUAGAUUUGUCUUCCUAUUAUUAUUUAGGGAUAUUGUCAGAUGAAAUUUUCCACCUGCCAAAGUUAGAAGAGCUCGACUUAGCUUACAACCCUAAUCUCACUAGUUAUUUGCCAAAGGUAAAUUUGACCAGUAGUAGUUCCCUUUCGGCAUUGGCACUCGGAGGUACAAGUUUCUGUGGAGAGCUACCUGAUUCCAUUGGCGAUCUUAAGUCAUUAAAAGACUUGUAUCUGGCUAAUUGCAACCUCUCGGGGUCCAUACCUAUGUCCCUCGGGAAUAUUAUGCAGAUGGCCUCUUUGGACCUAUCGGGGAACAAUUUUGAAGGCCAAAUUCCCAAUUCUUUUGCUAACUUGACACAAAUGACUUACUUGGAUAUUUCAUUUAACCAUCUUGAAGGCCAAAUUCCCAAUUCUUUUGCUAACUUGACACAAAUGACUUACUUGCGUAUUUCAUUUAACCAUCUUGAAGGCCAAAUUCCCAAUAUUGCCAACCUUUCAAAGAUUGUUUAUUUUAAUGUGAUGCAAAACCAUUUUGAAGGUCAAUUCCCAUGUUGGGUAGCCAACUUGACACAACUUGUUUAUUUAGACACUGGGAUGAAUAAACUGACUGGUCCGUUUCCCGCCAACUUAAGAGGGCUUUCAAACUUAAGAUAUUUUUACUCAGCUUACAACUACCAUAGUGGGACGCUGCCGAGUUGGCUGUUUAAUCUUCCAUCUUUGACGUAUUUAUCACUUGCUGCAAAUGAAUUCACAGGUCAAAUCUAUGAAUUUUCAAAUAAGUCAAUGAUUUAUAUUGAUUUGCGUCAUAACAAGCUACAUGGCCCCAUUCCAUCACACCCGAUGAUGGUCGACCUUCUCCUCUCAAACAAUACAUUCACCGGAGAAAUCCCUUCGAUGAUUUGCAAUGUGAGUUCCCUUGAGAUACUUGCUUUGUCUCAUAAUAGCUUGAGUGGUGUAAUUCCACAAUGUUUAGCAAACUUCAGCAAUGUACUCAGUGUGUUAGAUCUUAGGAUGAAUAAUUUUCACGGUAACAUUCCAUCCACAUUUGCAGAGGGGAACAAGUUGAGGAAUAUUGAUUUAAAUGGUAAUCAGUUGGAAGGUUCAGUGCCACGAUCCUUGGCAACAUGUAGACACUUGGAGGUUCUAGACUUGGGAAACAACAAAAUCAACGACGCAUUUCCCUACUGGUUGGAAACUCUUCAAGAGUUGCAAGUCCUAGUCUUUCAAUCCAAUAAAUUCCAUGGUCCCGUGGACUCUUCCAAAACUAAACUCCCCUUCCCUAAGCUUCGAAUCUUUGACCUCUCUCACAACGAGUUUAGUGGCCCUUUGCCAACAACAUAUUUCGAGCAUUUUAAUGCUAUGAAGAUGGUCGAUGAAAAGGCGAAAAGAAGAUAUAUGGGGCAAUCCUAUUAUUCUGAUUCAGUGACAAUCAUGAUAAAGGGGUCUGAGAUUGAACUACAAGGAAUUCUAACAAUCUUCACGACAAUUGACUUGUCACAUAACAAAUUUAAAGGAGAGAUUCCAAUUGUUGUCGGAAAUCUUUGUGGACUUCGGUUGCUUAACUUAUCCCACAACGACCUUGUUGGCAAUAUCCCUUCAUCAUUGGGAAAUCUACGUUUGCUUGAAUCCUUGGACCUCGCCUCAAACCAGCUCUCUGGAAAUAUUCCUAGACAAUUGACAAGUUUGACGUUUCUUGAAGAAUGUGGAGAUAGUAAGACACCACAACUGCAUUCAACACCUAUGUUGCACAAGGAAGAUGAUCCAACUUUUCCAAGUGAAUUUAAUUGGAAAGUGGUCGGGAUGGGAUAUGGAUGUGGAAUGGUAUUGGGAUUGGUAAUGGGAUAUCUUAUGUUCUUAACUGGAAAACCGAAAUGGUUUGUAAGAAUUGCUGAAGGAGAACGAUAUAGCAAAGGAAGAAGGUCACACAAGAGGGGUAACAGGCAUGGUGGAAGAAGAAAGUAG